CAUGUUCUGCCUCAUCUCAUUAUCCAUUGGGGAUACUCUUGGUUGUGGUGACUAAACAAGAUAGAAAGAAGAGAUAGAUGAAAAGUAUCGAAUGAGUUCAAUAGGGCAAAGCAUAUUGAUGGCACUCACUGUUACAGUAAACAAGUAUGCUUCAUCUAAUUUGCAAGCAGUUCAAGGAAAAGCACCAAACAAAACCACACCAACAACCUUAACCACAAGAAGAGGACUUCUCUUAUCCGCUGCAAUCGCCACCACCCAAGUACCUGACUCUAGGACUCAACUUCUUAAAAAAUAUCAGAAGAAAUCAGAGGAAAACAAGGAGAAAAACGACAAAGAGAGGCUGGAGAGUUACUACAAGCGAAACUACAAGGAUUACUUUGAAUUGAUGGAAGGAACGUUGAAGAGAAAGGAGGAUGGGCAACUUUCAGAUACAGAAAAGGGUAUCCUUGAUUGGCUUCAAAAAAACAAGUGAAAGUUUUUCUUAGUUGUUUACGUUUCACUCGGUGCUUAGAUCGCAUUGAAUUUGCUUUUGUACACUGUAGCUCCACCACCAAUGGAAUUGUACAUUAGAGAUUCACAUAGGCACGAAGUCCUGUAGAUUGUGAUUUCCUGUCUUCUUCAAAUCCUCCGAGUACAACCAUUUCAAGUGAUUGAAUUAAUGAAUUUAAUUUGACAUUGGUUGGCAUCACAUUCUUCAAUAGUAUGUUGACCACAAUAAGUUAAUACUAAGUAUCUCUCUCUUUCUGACAUUGACUGACAUCACACUCUUCAAUGGCUCCAAUAAUUCCAGCCUGGGGUUUCUUCUUUCUUUCUCUCUUGGGAUAUUUGGAUAUGGUGGCAGUUUCUUUCUUGCAAGAUGCGUCACCGAAAUUUGAUAGAUACCGAAUAGGUGAGGGCAAUGGUUUGUUGCAUAAUAAGAAAAUCACUUCAAUGCACUGCCAUGACUUGUUCAAAGGACAUGAAAAUAUUAUUGGCAGGAUAAGGCCUGAAAGUCACCCCUCAAAAAUACGAAAGAUCUAUGUGACUAAACAACCGAAUAGUUUUGGUAGUGUGGUCAAAUGUUACUUUUAGGUUCACCAAUCACCACAUCACAUGCAUUCUUUGCUCACAAUUGGUCAUUGAAAGCCAAAUUUAAUGAUCAAUCUUAGCUCUCAAAUCUAAGGAAAUUCAAAAAUAAAUAAUGUGAGAACUUCUACAGUAACGUUGCGGUGAUUGAAACUGCGUGACUAUAGCCACCAGCGCAUUAUGUAACCUGCCCAUGACUUUGGAUCUGUCUGGAAGACCCCAUUUUAAGUCUUGCUUUAAGGUUGAAUUUCCUUUAUCAAGGGUCCUCAAGAAGAUAUUUUAAGUCUAAUCUCAAGCAGUUUGUAUCAACAAUAUGAACGAUCAAAAUUCAUGAUCAGUCAGUCACGCCUGUUAUCCAAUGGUACAAGUUAGUUUUUUAAA